AUGCCGGGCGGAGCAUGGGUAUGUCUGGUGACCGCGCUGAUGCUCCUGGUCCUGGGAAAAGACCAGCAAGCUCCAGAAUGCUCUCCUGGGGGCCACCAGUUUCUUCGGAGUCCAUACAGAAGUGUCCACUUUGACUCAGUGGACCUCCAGCAUUCUGCUGCUCAAGACCUGCUCUGUGACUAUUCUCUCAUCCCUGGAUGGUACCGAUUUUUCAUCUUUGACAGACCCGCUGAGAUGCCAACCAAAUGUGUUGAGAUGAACCACUGUGGAACUCAGGCCCCCAUCUGGCUAUCUCUGAGUGGCUCAGAAAAACUUCCCCUUCCUGGAGAGAUCAAGCCACUGACAGCGUGUGCCACUUGGCAGUUUCUGUUUAGCACUGAAAAAGACUGCUGCCUCUUUCAAAUCCCUGUGUCUGUUAGAAACUGUGGAGAUUUUUUUGUGUACUUCCUGCAACCCACCCAGGGAUGCAUGGCUUACUGUGCUGAAGCUAUUUCUGAUGUGAAGUUACACACAUGUGGCCCUGGAGAAAUAGAAAUUGGAGGUGACUGUAUUGGCUGGCUAUCCACAGUAUCACCUCCUCCAUCUCCAGGCAGUCCGAAGGUGACAGUGGAGCUGGUUGACUCACAGGUGUUUUGUAGGUGUGCUUUUGAUGUCCCUCCCAUGAACAACUCAGUAGGAUUCCUCAUAGCCUGGUCUAGGUUUUCUUCCCAAGAAAUCAAAGAAGAGCUGAGACAAGAGAGCACUCUUCAGGCAUUUUCCCUCUUAGAACUUGAUGGCAUAAAUCUCAGACUUGGAGAUAAGAUAUUCUGCAGUGCUUCCAUCUUUUUAUUGGAGAAACCAGAUGUACAAAGCAUUGCUGUUGAAAGCCAAGGAUUUUUUGCAGGAAUUAGGUUAAAACCUGAAUUGAGCACUAUAUCAGAAGAUGGGAAGGAAUACCAGCUGAGGGUAGAAAGUACAAUUCCUAUUGUUUGCUCGGAAUUUAAUGAUCAAGGUUGCAAAAUCUCAUUAAGAUUGAGAACCAUCGAACAAGGUAAAGAACACCUAGGCUUAAAUUUGGCAUUAUCUUCCUGCCAUGUGGACCUUCACCAGAAUUCUUCUUGUAGCAAUGGAAUAUGUAGCCAUGCUGCCGUGUACUACACUGCUGUGACAGACUUCUCCCGGGAUGGAGACAGAGUCACAGGCAUCACGGUGGAACCCAUAGUCAGUGAGGAUUUCCUGUGGGACAAAUACGUUCCAGACAGCAUCCAGAUAAAAGUCAAGGACGUCCCAACAGCUUACUGCUAUUCAUUUACUGACCCACACAUAAUUACCUUUGAUGGCAGGGUAUAUGACAACUUCAAGACGGGAACAUUUGUACUUUAUAAGAGUAUGUCACGUGAUUUUGAAAUACACGUACGCCAAUGGGACUGUGGGAGUCUUCAGUAUCCUGUGUCAUGUAACUGUGGCUUUGUUGCGAAAGAAGAAGCUGACAUAGUUACUUUUGAUAUGUGCAGUGCUCACUUGUAUGAAUCUCCACAAUAUUUAUUUGUAAGGAGCCAAGAUUCAUCAUCAAGCAACGUUAGAAUAACUGAAUCUUAUUUAGGAAGAAAAAUCACGGUUUGGUUCUCCUCUGGAGCGUUCAUCCGUGCUGACCUCAGUGUGUGGGGUAUGAGUAUAACACUCAGGGCCCCUAGUUCAGACUACAGAAACACAUUAGGGCUCUGUGGCACCUUCGAUGAAAACCCAGAAAACGAUUUCCAUGACAAAAACGGGAUCACAAUUGAUCAUGACGCCAACAAUUAUCUUGCUUUUAUCAAUGAAUGGAGGCUUUUACCAGGAAGAAGCAUGUUUGACAAAAGUCCAGCUUCCCAGCAGUUUCUGGAGAAGGUAUCCUACUGUAGCUGUCUGUUGGGUACCCCGUCGCAGCAUCUGGACAGCGGCUCUCACUUAGAAAUGGCUUCCAGCUGCAAAGACCACAAGGACAUCCAGUUCUCUUCCUUGAUACCAGGCCUAGAUAUCACCUCUGAAUAUAUCGACACAGAAGCUCUUGUUAGAAAAAUAAGCACUCAUGCACCCGAGGAAGAAAAUAAUUUGAAUUUCUUACUCCAAGAAAAAGCCCAUACAAACCUAACCAAACUGGAGUUACGUUUGCAGCAUCCUCAAAAUGAGACACAAAACCCACUGAAAUUUUUCAGUAAUGAGAGGCACACACAGGACUGGGAGAUCAGGAGCAACCCACAAAACAGACGGAAACGACAAAACUUGAAGGACUUGUUUCCCAUGUUCGAUUUCCAGAGUCUCGGACAAGCCAACCUGGAAGAGUUUUCUUACUUUUUCCCUGAGGACCACACUGAGGACAGCCAGCAGGAAUUUGUGCCUUCGUGGCCCACAGCCUCCGACCUCACUGAACUGAGCAUCUUGGCUCUUUGUCAGCAGACUCUAGUCAACUCCAGCAUCGGGAGGCUCUGUCUUCCCUUUCUUGGCAGUACACUAAACCGUGCUAUAGACAUGUGUGUGAAUGACAUUCUGCUGAAAGACGACGUGAGGUGGGCAGAAGCAGGAGUGGCCUUGUUAGAGAAUGAAUGUGAGAGACGGGUUCUAGAGGAAGGAAAACACGGCGUAGAAGAAUACAGCAAGUCAAUAGGAGGCAUUCUCGAAGUGUUAAAAUGCCCCAAUCUAUGCAGCGGCCAUGGCCAGUGUAUGGACUGGGGCUGUGCCUGUUUCCCAGGCUACAGUUCCUAUGACUGCAGUGACUCAUAUGACAUAGCUCCUGAAAUUACGGAACUUGAGAAUGCCGGAUUCUGUGACAUUCAGAAGCAGAAUUGUGUUACAGCGAGAGUUUUUGGUCAAGGCUUCAAAGCAUUACCGUACACCAAGUGUGAAGUUACUAAGCUAGAGUAUAAUGGCAGUGAAUGGGUGCUUGGAGCAAGUGUCUACACACAGACAGUCUUUCAAGACAGCAGUGCAGUUGAUUGUCAACUACUCACUAAUAGCCAGCAUUUUGAUACUAUGGAUCUCAUGGGAGAAAAGUUCUUUACAAAGUUGCAAUUAAAGGUAUCUAACGAUGGUUAUGCAUUCAGUAAUCCCAAGAUAAUGACUAUAUAUGAUGGCGCUUGUCAAAUAUGUGGACUCCAGGAGAAUGACUCAUGCAUUAUGAAGGAUAAUGUUUGUGUUAUUAAUGGUCUCUGCUACAAUGAAGGGGAUAAAAACCCUACCAGCUCUUGUUUGGUUUGUAGACCCCAAAUAUCAAAUUCUACUUGGUCAUUUUUGGAAAAUAACCAGCCCCCUGUGAUACAGGCACUGCAAGGCACAUUACAGGUAUUUUACGGAGAAGAUUUUGAAUACCAGUUCAUGGCCUGGGAUCCAGAACAUUCUGAGAUACAUUUUACACUGGAUUCUGGUCCUGAUGGAGCAAGCAUCUCCUCUGAAGGACUUCUUACAUGGAAAUCAGAGUCACUGACUCCUCAGAGAUUCACUGUCCGUCUUAAGGAUGACUGCGAGGCUGAAACUACAGUCACAAUGGAGGUGACUGUGAAACCUUGUGACUGCUUGAAUGGAGGCUCCUGUGAGUCGGAUAGGCAAUUUCCUCCAGGAAGUGGGGCAUACCUGUGUGUCUGCUUGCCUGGCUUCCAUGGCCGCCUUUGUGAAGUUGAUGCCAAUGGGUGCCAUCCAAACCCCUGUGACCCUGGCAAAUGUGUUAGAGACUUAAACAGUUACUCGUGUGUCUGUCCUCCUGGGCUCACAGGCAAGAACUGUGAGAAAGAUGUUGAUGAGUGUGAAUCUUGGCCUUGCGUCCCAGGUGUGGAGUGCAUCAAUGUCUUUGGCUCCUACCAUUGUGGCUCAUGUCCAAAAGGAUUUCAUGGGGAUGGGAACAUAUGUCAUGAUUUGAGCUUUCAAUCCCCAUUAGAGAAACAUUUACUAUCAAGUCCAAGCUUUACUCAGAGUCCUGGAACAACUGCCAAUGAAUUCUUAAACUCAACAGGCACCUCUCAAUUGUCGAUAAAAUCAGUUACAACUCAAAUGGAUAAUACAAGGAAGAGUGUUUCUCAUCAGACACCUGCUUAUGAGCAUGCAGAUCACAUUCUCAGUACAAAUCUUACUCUCAAUGAGUCACAAGUUCCUGCACAAAGUGGUGCCCCUUUAAGCAACAAUCCUAGCAGAUCUCUUGGGCAAAUAAGAGAUGAUAUCCAGGGCACUGUUCCAAAAGAGACGAGAAGGGAUAUUGCUCAAAUUAACAAACCUUUCCAAGGUUUUACUCAGUAUGAGUUUGCAUCCUUAACUACUGAAGAAAACACUAUCUUACCAGAGAGCUAUGGAUCAACCAAAACAUCAAAUUGCACAGAAGCAUCUUGUUUCAUGGGUGUUUCCUGUGUGCCAACCACCGAUGGUCACUUCAAGUGUGGACGCUGCCCCAUUGGGUAUUAUGGAGAUGGGACCAACUGCAGAGCAUUUUGUAGGCACUCAUGUGGAAGAAACAUGGAAUGUGUUGCACCAAAUAUAUGCAAAUGUAAACCCGGUUACACUGGUUCCAACUGCCAGACUGCCAUCUGUCGCCCUGUUUGCAAAAAACAUGGAAAAUGCAUUAAGCCUAACAUCUGUGAAUGUCCUCCAGGGCACGACGGAACAACAUGCGAUGAAGAACGUUGUAGCCCUCCUUGCCAACAUGGGGGCACGUGCUUGCCUGGCAAUCUCUGCACUUGUGCUUAUGGAUUUGUAGGAGCAAGGUGUGAAACAUUGGUUUGUAACAAGCACUGUGAAAAUGGAGGCAAAUGUGUUGCUCCAGAUAUUUGCCAGUGCAAGUCUGGCUGGUAUGGACCCACCUGUAGUACAGCUCUGUGUAAGCCUGUUUGCCUCAAUGGUGGUUCCUGUUAUAAGCCAAACACUUGUCUCUGCCCCGAUGGAUUCUUCGGUGCACAGUGCCAGAAUGCCGUUUGUCACCCUCCCUGUAAAAAUGGUGGCCAAUGUAUGAGAAAUAAUGUGUGCACCUGUCGUGGUGGGUACACCGGAAAAAGAUGCCAAAAAAGCAUCUGUGAACCUAUGUGCAUGAAUGGAGGAAAAUGUGUGGGACCAAAUAUUUGCUCCUGUGCUUCUGGUUGGAGUGGGAAACAGUGUAACACUCCAAUCUGCCUUCAGAAAUGUAUGAAUGGCGGUGAAUGCGUAGCUCCCAGCCUGUGCCAUUGCCCUUCCACCUGGGAAGGGGUACAGUGUGAGAAACCCGUCUGCACCCAGAAGUGUCUUCAUGGAGGGAGAUGUGCAUUUCCCGGAGUAUGCUCUUGCCGCACUGGAUACUCUGGAGUAAAAUGUGAAAAGAAGAUACAGGUACCUGAUAAUACAAAUAAUAGAUACAGGCUUCUCUGUGUGUCUUCUCCUUGGUAA